AACUGCAGCUUUUGUCAAGGGCACGAGAUGUAUACAGGGCGAGUGCUAACGCUAACCCUACCCAUAACCCGAAAUACAUCUAGCGACCUUGACGAAAUCUGCAGUUGGGCAUAAUGUUUAGACCUGACCCUAAACUAUUAUCUUGUGAGUACAGUGUACGUAAACGAUGUUUAGUCGAUCGUGAUAUAUUGUUGCACUGACGAAAUAUCCCGAACUUCUAGCUGAAUAGUGCCUAGUGGAGCAGGUGGUACAAAGGACGGGUACGACAUCAGUAACGGUUCGGUGGUGGACGUUAUGAGAAAACAUUACACCAACAAAAUCAACAACCUGGAGGAGUGUUUGUCAAGUUUCAGUGGUAUAGAACCACCAGAUGCGGACGUGUAUUGCAAUGGAACAUGGGAUAAAUGGCUGUGUUGGCCACCGACCAAAGCUGGAGCACGUGUUCAACUGUCAUGUCCGCCAAUGCCAGGACUCAUUGCGACUAAUUUCGCCUACAGAAAUUGUCGGUCUGAUGGUAAAUGGGAAGGAAAAACACCCAGUGAUAAUAGUAUGCCUAAUGGCUAUUCUAACUAUUUAAACUGCUAUACACAAGAAGCAAGAGAAAUAUUUGAUAAGUAUAUAGCUGAUAAAACCCCAGCACAGAAACAGCUGAUGUAUGAUAUUGUUAGAAGUACAAGAACAUUAGAGAUUUGUGGACUUUGUUUAUCGCUGGUCGCUACCUUCUUGUCUUUGAUUAUAUUUGCAUAUUUCAGAGGCUUGAAAUGUAAUCGAACAAGGAUCCACAAGAAUUUAUUCGUAGCAAUUAUAGUGCAAGUCAUCAUAGAAUUAAUUCUGUAUAUAGAUCAACACGUUGCUAGGGCGGCUGGUGGCGAGGGCUCAGGUGCGCCGAGUGGUCAAAGUGGUGCCAUCUAUGAUACUCCUGUGUUUUGUGAAGUGCUGUAUGCCUUGCUAGAAUAUACUAAAACUGUCAAGUUUAUGUGGAUGUUUAUCGAAGGAUUAUAUUUACACAACAUGAUAGCUGUAUCCGUGUUCUCGAGUAAACCCUCCUACGCUCUCUACUACACUGUUGGAUGGGGAUUACCAAUGGUAUUGACCAUAGCCUGGGCUAUUCCUAUGGCACAGACCCAUCACGUACAAUGUUGGUAUGGCUAUUAUUAUUUGCCUAUAAUAUGGAUAAUAGAAGCUCCCCGUGUUACUGUUAUAGCUGUAAAUUUGUUCUUUUUGCUAAACAUAAUACGUGUUUUAAUAAUGAAGUUAAGAGAAACACAUACGAAUGAAGCCAACAGAGUUCGGAAAGCAGUUAAAGCGGCCAUAGUGUUACUGCCUUUAUUAGGUAUAACAAAUUUUGUGGUGAUGAUAGAACCGCAACCCGAUGACUUGGUAAAAUUUGGAUGCUGGGCCAUCAUUUCUCAUUUCUUAAUCUCUUUUGAAGGUUUCUUUAUAUCGUUGAUAUAUUGCUUUUUAAAUGGCGAGGUUCGAGCGGCUCUUGGCAGAUUGUGGCAAAGAUAUCGUCAACACCGUACAUUUCGAGCCUCCAGUCUACGCAGAAUGAGUCGCUCUUUCAGUGUCUUCACAUCGUUCAGUGAAGUUUCCCACACCUCUGGGUCCCAGAGAGUCAAUCAAGUGGCGACAACUCCAGUAAAUUCUUUGGUCAGGAAUGCUGUGAAUAGACAAACUAAUCAAUCUGCAGGAACUCGUUAUCCUUUAGUAGAGGAUAAACCAGCGAUAAGAAACAAUGGCUACGUUUCGGUUAAUGCAGAUGUGAAUUCGGACCAGCAGAUUUAUUCGACUGUAUUGUGAAAAAGUCGCGUUGUGAGAUAAUCCUGCCAUAUUACUAUGUGAACAAACGCUGUUUACUCCCAGAAUGUUUUUUUUUCUUUUUUUUAAUUUGAAGAAAACAAAACAACAACAACCAAUAACUGGUGAGCGAGAGAAUAGUU